UGUGCAGUGGAACUCGGCCAGGGUCUCCCAGCACGGUGACGGAGUGCGCUCAGCCACAAGUGGCGCUGCUAGCUCGGGACAUGUGCGUCGACGUUGAUUGAACACCCAUUCCCAAACACUCCCGCGCCGGUGCCCGAACGCACUACUUCCUUCUACCUACAUAUUCUCUCCUCCGUGCGCUCACCGACUUCAUAAUCUAAACCGCCGCGCACCCUCGCCCACCAUGGCGACAAACCCUAAUGCCAUCAACGUCAACGACCCAAGCUUGAUCACCCUCGUCAACAAGCUGCAGGAUGUCUUCACCACAGUCGGAGUACAAAACCCCAUAGAUUUGCCCCAGAUUGCCGUCGUUGGAUCGCAGUCCAGUGGAAAGAGUUCCGUGCUUGAGAAUAUUGUCGGUCGCGAUUUCCUGCCUCGAGGCUCUGGUAUCGUUACCCGAAGACCGCUCAUCCUGCAGCUCAUCAACCGUGCCUCGCAAUCGAACGGUGUCAAGUCAGAGGAGAUCAAGACCAGCGAUGCCGAGUCCAACGUUGACGAGUGGGGAGAGUUCCUGCACAUUCCCGGCCAGAAGUUCUACGACUUCAACAAAAUCAGGGAAGAGAUUAUUCGCGAGACAGAGGCAAAGACUGGACGCAAUGCGGGCAUUUCACCAGCACCCAUAAACCUGCGGAUAUAUUCGCCGAAUGUCCUGACCCUCACCCUCGUCGAUUUGCCCGGUCUCACACGAGUGCCUGUCGGGGAUCAGCCACGGGAUAUUGAGCGACAGAUCCAAGAGAUGGUCCUGAAACAGAUCAGCAAGCCCAACGCUAUCAUCCUGGCUGUCACCGCCGCGAACACCGACUUGGCCAACUCGGACGGUCUGAAGCUGGCUCGAGAGGUUGAUCCUGAAGGUCAGAGGACAAUUGGUGUAUUGACAAAAGUCGAUUUGAUGGAUGAGGGAACCGACGUUGUCGACAUCCUUGCUGGACGCAUCAUUCCGCUGCGACUGGGUUACGUCCCUGUUGUCAACCGAGGACAGAGGGAUAUCGAGAACAAGAAGGCCAUCUCCCAAGCUCUCGCGCACGAGACAUCGUUCUUCGAGAAUCACAAGGCAUACCGCAACAAGGCUUCGUACUGCGGUACACCGUACCUAGCCCGCAAGCUAAACUUGAUUCUCAUGAUGCACAUCAAGCAGACUCUUCCCGACAUCAAGGCGCGUAUCGCCUCGUCGCUACAGAAGUACCAAAUCGAGCUGGGUCAACUUGGAAACUCCAUGCUCGGCAACAGCUCGAACAUCGUCCUUAACAUGAUCACGGAGUUUACAAACGAGUACAGGGGUGUCCUUGACGGAAACAACCAAGAACUCUCUGCAACUGAGCUCUCAGGUGGAGCGCGUAUCUCCUUUGUCUACCACGAGCUAUACGCAAACGGUGUGAAGGCUGUUGAUCCUUUCGACCAGGUCAAGGAUGUCGACAUUAGGACUGUGCUCUACAACUCGUCUGGUUCCUCGCCGGCACUGUUCGUUGGUACAACAGCUUUCGAGCUAAUUGUCAAGCAGCAGAUCAAGCGUUUGGAAGACCCCAGCUUGAAGUGUGUAAGCUUGGUCUACGAUGAGUUGAUCCGCAUUCUUGGCGGGCUCUUGAACAAGCCUACGUUUAGACGUUACCCAGCCUUGAAGGAGAAGCUGUACGCUGUUGUCGUGCAGUUCUUGAAGAAGGCUAUGGAUCCCACCAACAAGCUCGUCCGUGAUCUGGUCGGUAUGGAGGCUGUAUACAUCAACACUGGUCACCCCGACUUCAUCAACGGAUCGCGGGCCAUGGCCAUCGUACACGAGCGUCAUAACGGCGCCAAGCCACAACAGGUUGACCCUAAGACGGGCAAGCCUUUGCCGCCCCAGGUACCACCACGAUCGAUGUCGCCGUCUCUUGGAGGAGGAUCGUCCGAGGACGGCGGCGGUUUCUUCGGCUCCUUCUUCGCCAGCAAGAACAAGAAGAAGAUGGCGGCUAUGGAGCCGCCGCCACCGACACUGAAGGCUUCCGGAACUCUCUCGGAGAAGGAGGCUCAGGAAGUCGAAGUCAUCAAACUCCUGAUCACAUCCUACUUUAACAUCGUCCGCCGCACAAUGAUCGACAUGGUCCCUAAGGCCAUUAUGCUGAAUCUCGUUUCGUGGUCAAGGGAGAACAUGCAGAGCGAGCUGCUCACCAACAUGUACAAGACCGACGAGCUCGACGAGCUGCUUAAGGAGUCCGAGUACACAGUCAGGAGGCGGAAGGAUUGCCAGCAGAUGGUGGAGAGCUUGACGAAGGCGCAGGAGAUUGUCAACCAGGUGCAGUAGAUGGAACGAUGAGGCGGUUAGAUUUCUGCUCCUUUCUCCGGGCUGGCAUUCUCUGUAGGGUGUUCUGGCGCUAGAGUCGUGUAAAGGCAAUUGAGCACGGUUGUAUUCGCAGUGAGCAGAGAAUGAAUUGAGAGGCAGUGACAAUCUAUGACACAGUCGAGGCCCUCGCUUGACAAGGCUGUAUCGCCCGUUUCGAGUUCUGGCUACGAGGGAGUGGUGACGCUUUUAUAGGGCUGCCACGGUAAGCACUGCAGGACUGACUCGUCGACCAGUGGUAUGAGACAAGGACGUGUUUCUAGAUUCUCAUUCACAUGUACUGCAGCAGUAGUCGCGAUAUCCUGAAAUUGCGUUGUGAAAUCAAAACGGC